AUGAUUGCUACUACAUAUCCGGAGCUCGGUGAAAAGACAGAAAGUUUGGAAGCGGCUGAGAAGUUUGCUGAGCAAAUUCGUGGUAAGACAAUUCUCGUCACAGGUCCUGGUGGAGGCAUCGGAUUUUCAACCGUGAAGGCAUUUGCCACACAAUCUCCAUCCCAUCUCAUCGUAGCGGGCCGCAACCCAACUAGAAUCCAAGGAAGUAUCGAUGCGCUCAAAGUCAACUUUCCAAAAGUAGAACUAAGGUGCCUCGAGCUCGACCUCUCCAACCAGAAAUCAGUCCGUGAAGCGGCGGCAAAGGUUCUCACCUGGAAAGAUGUUCCCACCAUGGACAUCCUCGUGAACAACGCCGCCGUGAUGAACCUCCCAGAACGCAUGCUCAACGAAGAUGGAAUCGAGACGCAAUUUGCAACCAACCACGUCGGAAACUUGCUCUUCACCUGCCUCAUCAUUCCCAAGCUCUUCAAAGUUGCAGAAACCAGCCCGAGAGGUGCAACGCGAGUCAUAAACGUCUCUUAUCUGUCGUCAGUGGUAGCAGGAAUGAGCUGGAGCGACAUUAAUUUCAACAAGAUCAACAAAGCUUUGCCCGAAGCUGAGCAGCCGCCUUACAGCACACACACAUUGGAGUGA